AUGGAGAUGAACCCACUUUGGCAACAAAAGAAGCUGAGAGAACUGUUCAAAGAAAAGGGUAUAAUUGUCACAGUUUAUUCUCCUUUGGUAGCAGAAGGAACCCUAUGGGGUAAAAGCUGGGUAAUGGACUGCGAGGUUCUACACGAAACUGCGAAUCAGAAAGGAAAAACCGUUGCUCAGGUUUGUCUGAGAUGGGUGUACGAGCAAGGAGUGAGUUUGCUUGUGAAGAGCUUCAACAAGGAAAGGAUGAACGAGAACUUGGACAUAUUUGAUUGGAAACUAAGCGCAGAAGAGUCCGCAAAGAUGGUCCUUACAAAUUGCUCCAGAGUUUUUGGGAUGGCGAGAUCUGAUCAUUAUACAAGUUUCACUAGUUCUUAA